AUGAGGAAGGACAACACAGAGUCACUAGAGAGCGCCCUCAUCAGCCUAGAGGAGGAACAGCAAAGGUGCGUUAACAUCCGCGCAUCCCGUCUGUUCGCCGGCCUCAUACCACAUUUCACCGCGUCCAGGGCAUCAGGCUUGACUCAGACGGCGUCUGCUCUGAGGGCGCGCCUCGGCCAAUCGGAGCGGGCAAACGAGAUCCUGAGAGAUGACGUCCGCGAGCUGAAGCGUGAUUUGACCGGAGCGCUGGAGGAGGCGGAGCGCCGGGCCGAGCGCUGGCGGAUAGAGCGAGAGCGUGCGUCCACUAAGAUGACGCGCCAUCGGGAGCAGCUGUGGUGCAUAUGGCGAUGCGUGAUGGCACUCCGGCAGCACUGUCGCACCGUCAGAACCGCCGCGGACAGAGAUCUUUUGGAGAUGAAGGCGGAGCUGUCCCGUCUGUCCCUGUGUCUACAGUCCAGCUGCGACUCGGCAUCAUUGCGCCUCAUCAAAAUUGGGCGGCGGGCCCUGCCUCUUGCCGCCUCAUCUUCAUCGGCCUCCUCCAGUCUGGGGACCUUCAUGGUGGAUGAUCUGCUGGAUCCCGAGUCGGACCGCAGGACAUCGGAGAACGAGGGCCUGGCAGAGGCGGUGGCGGAGGCGGUUGACAAGCUGUGUGCAGCGUUGAACGUGAGCGCCCCCGUCGGUCGGGACGCAUCCGGCCUCCUGUCAGUCCUCUCGCAGACGGAGAGUGCCCUGCACUGGAAGCAGCGGGAAUUGCAGAGGGCGGAGCUUAGUGUCAGGCAGUUGGCCGGGGAAAAAGCGCUGCUGCAGACGCGAGUGGAAAAACUGCAGGAGGACAAACGCAAAGAAGACCCAAACAUGCCCACGCUUACCGGACAGCCAAAGGCCACUUCUCCACAACUGGAGGUGGCGUUACACAAGCAAGAGGCGGCACUACGCCUGAAGGAGGAAGAACUCCGUAAGGCAGAAGAAGAGCUUCGCAGCGAGGACGCCAAGCUACAGAGGACAAAGGAGGAGAUGCUCACCAAGGAGGCAAGGCUUCACAAGCGGGACGAGGAGCUGCAGCAAGCAGAGGAGCAGCAAAGGAAGAGAGAGGAGGAGCUGUGUAGGAAGGAGGAGGAGCUACACAAAGGAGAGGAGCGUUUACAAAAGGGCAGCAAGGAGGUGCACAGGAAGGAGGAGGAGCUGCAGAGCAGAGAGAUGGAGAUCAAAAAGAGCCAAGAGGAGGCGCAGAAAGAGGAGGAAGUGUUACACAAAAGAGAAAAGGACGUGCACAGGAAGGAGGAGGAGCUAAAGAGUAGAGAGAUGGAAUUGAAAAAGAGCCAGGAGGAGGUGCAGAAACAGGAGGAAGUGUUGCACAGAAGAGAAAAGGAGGCGCAGAAAGAGGAAGAAGCGUUACACAGAAGAGAAAAGGAGGUCCACAGGAAUGAGGAGGAGCUAAAGACCAGAGAGAUGGAAAUGAAAAAGAGCCAAGAGGAGGUGCAGAAAGAGAAGGAAGAGGUGCACAGGAAGGAGGAGGACCUAGAGAGCAGAGAAAUUGAGAUGAAAAAGAGCCAAGAGGAGGCGCAGAAAGAGGAGGAAGUAUUACACAAAAGAGAAAAAGAGAUGCACAGGAAGGAGGAGGACCUGAAGACCAGAGAGACUGACAUGAAAAAGAGCCUAGAGGAGGCGCAGAAACGGGAGGAAGUGUUACACAUAAGAGAAAAGGAGAUGAAAAAGAGCCAAGAGGAGGCGCAGAAAGAGGAUGAAGUGUUACACAGAAGAGAAAAGGAGGUGCGCAGGAAGGAGGAAGAGCUAAAGAGCAGAGAGAUGGAAAUGGAAAGGAGCCAAGAGGAGGUGCAGAAAGAGAAGGAAGUGUUACACAAAAGAGAAAAGGAGGUGCAGAUGCGGCAGGAAGAACUGCAGACCAGAGAGGAGGAGGUUCAGAAAAGUUUCCAGGCCGAGCUGCGGCAAAGAGAAGCCGAAGUCCGAGACAUCACGGAGUCGCUGGAGAGGUCUGAGCAGGCCUUGCAGAGGGCAGAAGAAGAAGCCGCUCAAGCCAAAGACGCCCUUCUCAAGCGCUCCUCCCAACACGCCUCAGUGUUGCGGGAGCUACAGGAGGCGCGAGAGCAGCUGACGCCGGCAGCCGAGGAGGUGGCCAGGAUAGAGCGAGCACACGACAGACAGCGCAGAGAGAACGAAGAGCUGUGCCGGCAGCUGGAGCUUCUCCGGCAAGAGGCGCGGCAGCUUGGGGCUAGCCGCGCUUCGCUGCUGGAGAAGCUGGAAGAGCAGCGGAUGCUGGCGUCGCAGGCUGACGUGGAUCGCAGCCACCUCGGCGCUCGCGUGGGAGCCCUGCAGGAGGCCAAGGAGGCGCUCACAGGUGAGCUCCGGUGUACCAAGGAAGAGCUGAACAGGGUCACCUCCCAAAAGGAGGAUGCCUGGAAAGUGGAGAAGGAGCUGCUCUGGAAGGAUUUGCAAACCAAAAACGAGGAGGCACAGACCUUGAGUAAGCGCGUCAUAGACCUACAAGAGGAAAUAAAGGAACGGGAGGAGGCUGCCUCCAAGGAGAAGAAAGCUCUGCUGGCAGAAGGAGAAAGGAAGCAUAAAGAGGAGGCGGCAAAGAGAGAGGAGUUUGACACACUGAGGAACCGUGUGGACGCAUUACUUAACGAAAUGAAGGAGCGAGAUGAGGAGCUGGAGCAACUCAAGAAGGAGUUGGGAACAAAAGAUGGGGAUGUGGUGACGCUCAGUGUACGGGUAGAGGGGCUGCUGGUAGAGAUGAAGAAACAGGAGGAGAAACUCGAAGAACAGAAGACUCGACUGGAGGAGGCCUCAAAGGCAAAGGAACAUCAGAGCCACUUGAAGAAAACAAGGGAGGGGGAGCCACGGCGACGCCUCAAGUUGGCAGAGGAGCAAACAGAGCAGCUUCAGGAGGCCCGACGGACGUUAAGGGAAAAGGAGGCCAGAGCGGAGGAGCUGGAGCUCCUGCUAACAGAAAUGCGGCAAAGGAGCGAGGAGGAGGCCCGGGAAAAAUCAGAGCGGGAACAGAGGGAAAAGGAGCUGCGAGAAGCUGCCGAAAAAACCUCCCCGCACCAGGAGGAGGUGCUGAAGCUGAAAAGCCUGCUGCGAGAGCGGGAGGAGGAGCUGGACAAAUUGAAGGGCGGGAGCUUGGCGGAAGCUCAGGAGGCUCUGAAAAUGGAAGGCAGAAAGCGAGAGGAGCUACAAGAGGAGCUGAGAGGAGCUCGACAUAUGCUUCAAGAGAUGGAGCUCAAUGUUCACGCUUUGCAGGAUCAGAUCAACGCCAGCCGGGAGAAGGCCAGGCAGGAGAAGGAGCAGCAGGAGGAGACAAUGCAGACGCUUAACAGACUCCUGCAGGAGAGCCGUGAGGAGGAGGAACGUCUGAGGAGCGACGCCACGGAGGAGGACACUGUGAGGUCAGACCAAAACAGGGAAUGGACUGAGGAGGCGAAACAAAGUGAAGAAGAGAGGGCAAAAGUGGACGGGAAGUGCUGUUUGGGUGAAGAACAUCUGAGGAGUGCCACCACGGAGAAGAAGAUUUUGUGGUCUGACCAAGGCAGAAACUGCACGCAAGAGGAAAAGAAGAUUAAGGAAGAGUGUUGGAGGAUGGAAGAGGACGGGAGGUGCGGUUUGAUGGAGGUGGCCAGCCAAAAUAGCUCGAAGAACUUCACGGAGGAGGAGCUGAACAGCAGCCUCAGGAGCUCCAUGAAGAACCUGAAAAUACAAACACAGGCUCAACCGGCAAAGUGGCUCCGGGAAGGGGGCGGGGCCAGAUUGCUGCUACUGCAGAGCCACGUAGCUCAGCUGGAAAUCAAACUAGAGCGCUCCGACGCCAAGAAGGUCCAACUGAAACGACGCAACCGCCACAUCAAGACUAUCAGAGAUGCAAUCGCGCACCAAUCGUGA